AUGACGAUCCCAGUCUCUCCUCGUCCUCUCCGACCCAACGAGCGUAUCCUCACCAGCGAGGAUGGCGCGAUUCACACUCCAGCCCGGGCUCCCUCCCCGGUCCACCAAUUCGGCACCCUCGCGGUGCACGCCGGUUCACCUCACGAUCCCUCCACCGGCGCCGUCAUCGAACCACUCUCCCUGUCCACGACGUUCGCACAGACGGCCGUGGGCAAGCCCGUCGGGCUCUACGAAUACAGUCGGAGCGCGAACCCGAACCGCGACAACUUCGAAGAGGCCGUGGCCUCCCUCGAACACGCCCGGUACGCCCUGGCGUUCGCCUCCGGGUCCGCGACGACCGCGACGAUCCUGCAGUCCCUCGCCUCGGGCUCGCACGUAAUAUCGGUGUCGGACGUCUACGGCGGGACGCACCGGUACUUUACAAAGGUCGCACUGGCGCACGGGGUGGAGGUGACGUUUUCCCCGUCCAUCGAACUGGACGUCGAGGAACUGAUCCGCGAACAAACCAAACUCAUCUGGAUCGAGAGCCCGUCGAACCCGACGUUGAGCCUGGUCGACAUCCGGAACGUCGCCACCGUCGCCCACAAGCACGGCAUCCUGGUCGUGGUCGACAACACGUUCCUGUCCCCCUACGUGCAGAACCCGCUGGACCACGGCGCCGACAUCGUCGUGCACUCCGUCACAAAGUACAUCAACGGCCACUCGGACGUGGUCAUGGGCGUGGCGGCCUUCAACUCGGACGAGCUCAAGGAGCGACUGACCUUCCUGCAGAACGCCAUCGGCGCCGUCCCGUCGCCGUUCGACUGCUGGCUCGCCCACCGGGGCCUGAAGACGCUGCACCUCCGCGCCCGCGAGGCGAGCAAGAACGCGCUGGCGGUGGCGCGCGCUCUGGAGGCGUCGCCCAACGUCAUCGCCGUCAACUACCCGGGUCUGGACUCGCACGGCCAGAGGGCCAUCGCGUUGAAGCAACACCGCGACGGCAUGGGCGGCGGCAUGCUCAGUUUCAGGCUGAAAGGGGGCCACCCCGCCGCGGAGCGAUUCUGCCAACAGACCAAGAUCUUCACCCUGGCCGAGAGCCUCGGCGGAGUCGAGAGCCUGUGCGAGGUCCCCAGCGCCAUGACCCACGCCGGCAUCCCUAGGGACCAGCGGGAGGCCAUCGGCGUCUUCGACGACCUCGUCAGGUUGAGUUGCGGCAUCGAAGACGCCUCCGACCUCAAAAAGGACGUCCUCCAGGCCCUCGAGAAGGCCGUCGUCGGUCCAAAGAUUUCGAAUGGUGGUGGUGGCGGCGGCGGUGGUGUCGUCAACGGGGCCGGCGGUGGUUUGUCGAGAAGAUGA